ACCUCUUAUGUAGUAUACUCAAAUUUGGUUUAAGAGACGCUACAUGUCAUCUAUCUAUUGGGAGGAAAUUUUUUUUUGGGAAAGAUCGAUUUUAUUUUUUUUCCUCUCUCUCUUUCUCUCACGAUUGAAUCCCUGAAACGAGAAAACAAUCGAUCUAAUGGUUACGGCGAUGACGGUAGUGAUGAUGAUGAGAUCGCUGCGCCGCCGAAACAUUUGAGUUGGGCUCAGAGUUUGAUCGGAAUCCAUGAGAAGAUCGUAGAUGAGUGGAAGAAGAAAGAGAAGAAAGGAUCUGCUGGAUUCAUGGAGGAGAUGACGAGGAUGGAGAAGCUUGGUCACUCGUUGAUUGAAUUCGCCGAUGGAUUUCAUUAUCCGGCGGAGAAAGAUGCUGCUGAAUCUGCGGCGGCGCAAGUGGCGGAGAUGGCGGAGAUAUGCCGGAGAAUGGAGGAGGAGCUUGUGCCGUUACAGCAACAGAUCAGAUUAGUUUUUCUUGGUGUGUUAAUAGGUUCCGUCCAAUUGAGGCUCUUGGACACUUUGUGUUGUGGGCGUUUGAUUGUAUUCUCACAGAUUUGGUUGCAAUAUUUGUUGCAUUAGCAAUGGUACUACGUAGGAAACCUGAUGCUUUGACUAAUGUACUACCAACUUUGAGGGAAAAUGCUAAGUAUCAGGGACAUGACAAGCUUCCUGUUACAGUUUGGAUGAUGGCUCAGGCUUCCCAAGGUGAUCUAUCUGUAGGUUUGUAUUCAUGGGCGCACAACUUGUUACCUGUUGUUGUUAAUAAGAACUGCAACCCUCAGGCAAGGGAUCUCAUCCUGCAUUUGGUUGAGAAGUGGACCAUACUUGUUAAUGAAGCUGUUAGGAAAGGAGAGCGACUGGUUCCUCCUCCUUCAUUUGAGAUGUUGAUGCGUCUUACAAUCCCCGCUUCAUCCGCAAGAGUAAAGACUACAUAG